AAGGUGUAUUCCUAGAUGAGGUAAACGUGGUCUUCAAACUUUCUAGAUAAUAACCCUCUCGCCCUUCCCUUCUUUUACGGAGUAAAAGGGGUCUUACUUUUGAACCCAUAACGUACUCGUCUCUGAGCAAACCACAUGAGCCAAACGUGCAAACAUCAAACAAAUAUCACACUUAAAGAUAUCUCUGUUGGAUACAUGUUGGAUAUCUAGAAAAACCUGAGUUCUAAGGGUAAUAAUAUGGAUGGUUCUUGGUUUUUUGAUGAAAAUUUUAACGGGGUCCCAGAUGAUUUUUUUGAUGAUGCCAUUAAAUAUUUUGAUUUUCCAUUGGAGGAUGUGGAACCGAAUGAUGUAAUAGAAGAUUGGGAGGCUAAAUUUCAACAGCUGGUGCCAACAUCAUCAAAUGUUUUGGCAGGCUUAACGGCUGGUGGUGAAAAUAGUCAUGACAUUCUGAAAGCAAAGAAAAGCUACUCAGUUUUGUCCAAUGAAUCUUCCCAGCCAAAACAGUGGCCGGCAGCUGCUGAAGCAUCCUCUAGCAGAAGCAUUCCCCUUGAUUAUGACUCUUCAGAGGUUAAAUAUUCACAACUAUUCUGUACCUCCAGUCCUGUUUCUGUCCUUGAAAGCAGCAGCAGUUCUAACUCAGCUGAAAAUGCAAGCAGCUCUAACUCAGCUGAAAAUGCAAAGGUCUGUCACCCCAAAUUUGCAAUCCCAGUGAAGCGGCCUCGAAGCAAGCGCUCGCGGCCCCAGCAACGCACAUUUCGUUCCAUCAUCAUGUCCUAUGCUCCAAAACGAUAUCAUCCUUUGGGUUCCUCUGAAUCAGAAUCAGAGUCCUACCCUGAUGAGAAAGCGUCGAGCCUUGCCAAGAAAAAACAGAAGAAAAAAAAUCUGAUGAUGCUGUCUUGUACUGUAGAGAAGAAGAAACCCUCCUUGCAACAGCCAAUUGAAAUCAGAAAAUGUUCACAUUGUGAGGUGACCAGGACUCCACAAUGGAGAGAGGGGCCAAUGGGGCCAAAAACCCUUUGCAAUGCUUGUGGGGUUCGUUUCAGGUCUGGCCGUCUCUUCCCAGAGUACCGUCCUGCUGCUAGUCCAACCUUUGUUCCAUCUUUGCACUCCAACUCCCACAAAAAGGUCGUAGAGAUGAGAAACAAGGCUAGGCCAGUAAGCACUAUGGAUGCAAUCGACACAUCACUGCCAACAGCACCAGAAUCGUUGUGAUAGCCUAUUUGUUUGAUUAUUAUUUAGGAAAGUAGCUUUCUAGCUGGGAGCUGUCUGUUCUCUGUUUUCAGUUUUCUAAUCAGUCGGUUGGUUUGUUCUUUUUGUACAUUGAACGAAUAAGAAUUAGGAACAUUAGAUGAUUAGAUGUUUGGCAGCAAUGAAAAAAAAGGCUUAGAGUAGUGAAUAUCUGAGUGAGGCAGACGAAUGUAAUUUAGAUGUUUAGAAAGUAGGCUGAUUGAUGCUUUGUGCCCCUUUGGUUAUGGUAAACAUUUUUUUCUUC